AUGUGUGAACUCCAGCGUAUAAAUGAUGAGAUGGAUGUUCUUGAAAAAGCGUUAGAAACGUUGGGGAGUACUGUUACGAUGUUAGAAAAUGAUGUUACAGGAUAUCAGAAUACUGGUCAACCAGGAAUAACUCCAACAACUAUAAAUGAUAUUAUAACAACAGAGCGUUCGAAUUUUGAAAUGUUGUGCACUUCGAUCGAACAGAUCAAACAGAAUCAAACCUCUUCACAAGAAAUAUUUAAAACCUUUACUGAAGAAUCUCUCAAUGUGUUUUCCAAAGGACAAAGUCAUACAAAAGAAGAAGUCCAAAACGUUCGAGAUGAUAUUAUUCGUGCUGAAAAAGUCGUUGAUUCUUUAGUCUCACAGACUAUGGACAUUGAGUCGAUGUUAUCAUUAGGUCAAAUCAGACAAUAUUCUUCGAAGAAUUAUCUUCCCAAAAUGUCACAAUUUGCGGAGAUCAUGCAACACAAUACAAUCUAUGUGUUGUCAUCGUUUUGGGUCUGUGGAUUAUUGCAAUACAAUUCGACACCUGUGUUAUGCUUUUGGAACACGGAGAAGACUUUAGCACUUCACAUCUUCAAUACGUUCUGUUUGAUCUUUCAAAAUAGUCAGGAGUACAAAUAUGAUAUGUCUAAAGGAUCAUUGGCUCGGGUCGAAAAAGACCCACACGUCGCUUUUAAUGAAACAGAAGAAUACGUGUCCGUCGAAGUACAAAGCGGCGCUGUGUUGACCCCAAUGGGUAAGGCUAAACAAUCGUUUGUUGUGAAUACAGAAUGCGUGCUUCUCAGAUUCGACUCCGGAGAUAUGUUGGCUAUCGACACACUCGGAGAAUCUAUCUUCAUCGACGGAAAACUCGUUACUAUUUGA